CUCCUCCUCCUCCUCCUUCUUCUUCUUCUUCUCUCCUCUUGAGACUGAAAACACCAUCGCUCAUUCCCAGCCGUGACAUUUUGCAGCCUGUCGCCGUCUGCUGCGCGGACAGCGAGCACAAGGAGCCAAAAAGGAAGGGACUCUUUUUAUCCGUCCCCCACAGCAGCGAGCAUCCCGACGGCUGCGAGCCGGAGCUAGAGACCAGGCGGAGGCGAGGCGCUGCAGGAAGCCGCUGCUCCUUUUCACCGGGGUUCUGGACUACACAGGACACGGCCCGAGCAGGGAUAGCUACAGCGAAUAUUUACGUCUCGGACGCCAGGGACAGAGGAAGGGAGCAAAGCUCGCUGGACUAGCCGAGCAGCGCAUCAUCAUCUCCGGUGUUGUACUGGCUGUCGAGUCGCAUGGAGAAGAGGUAUGAAGAGCUGGUGCACUACUCAGGGUCGGAGGGCAUGUCGGUGGGGGGGUACGGCGACGACGUCAGGCCGUUUCCUCCCCCACAGUACGGACCCACUAUCCCCGACUCCCUCAAACACCACAAAGACCAGAUCUAUGGUCACCCACUGUUUCCACUGCUGGCCUUAGUGUUUGAAAAGUGCGAGCUCGCCACCUGCUCCCCUCGAAACUCCGUUUCCCCUUCAGCCAACUCCCACCUCCCCGGCAUGACCAAUCUCAGCGACGUCUGCUCCUCUGAAUCCUUCAACGACGACAUCGCCGCGUUUGCAAAGCAGAUCCGUUCGGAGAAGCCCAUAUUUUCUUCCAAUCCCGAGCUGGACAACUUGAUGAUCCAGGCCAUACAGGUUCUUCGUUUUCAUUUACUGGAGUUAGAGAAGGUGCAUGACCUGUGUGAUAACUUCUGCCAUCGCUACAUCACCUGUCUGAAGGGAAAAAUGCCCACAGACCUCAUCCUGGAUGACCGGGAGGGCGGCUCCAAGUCUGACAUGGAGGACUUCACUGGAUCCUGCUCCAGUCUGUCGGAGCAGAAUGCAUCAUGGUUACGGGAGCCAGAUGAAUGCGCCACUACUCCUCUGGGAACACCAGGCACCUGUGGCCUGCCUUCACUCAGCACAGCAGACAACUGUAGCGACACAGGCGAUGGUCUGGACGGAGGAAUGGCCUCCCCCAGUACAGGAGAAGAGGACGAGUCCGACAGAGACCGGAGGAACAACAAGAAGAGAGGGAUCUUUCCCAAAGUGGCCACAAACAUCAUGAGAGCAUGGCUCUUCCAGCACCUGUCGCACCCGUACCCGUCUGAGGAGCAGAAGAAGCAGCUGGCGCAGGACACAGGACUGACCAUCUUACAGGUCAACAACUGGUUCAUCAACGCCAGGAGGAGAAUAGUUCAGCCGAUGAUUGACCAGUCAAAUCGCUCAGGUCAGGGUGGUCCCUACAGCCCAGAGGGAGCAGCUCUUGGGGGCUACGGGCUUGAUGGACAGGCCCACCUCGGCCUUCGAACAGCAGGUCUCCAGGGGAUGUCUUCUCUGCAGGGCGACUACCCCGGCGCCCUACUGUCCCAACCAGGCUACCCUCCCCACCCGGGACCGUCCCUCCACCCAUACCCAGGCCCACAUCCCCACACCGCCAUGCUGCUCCACCCGCCGCCACACGCACACCCCGCAGAGCCACUCCUCGCCCAGGGACUGGACAUACAUGCACACUAGCUGUGGGGGCAGUUAGGGAGUGUGUGUGUGUGAGUGUUGGCAAAUGACUGUAUGAAUCUGUGUAUGUGAGUGUGUGCGAUGAUCCAUAUGUGUGUGUGUGUGUGCGCGCGCUGCUGUGUAUGUGUAAUGACACAUACAGAACACUAUUUAAAGAAAAAAGACACAUUUCUCCGAAAGUUUACAUUCCCCACUGAGAGACACUGACCUCUAUGUAGCUGUUCCACUCGCUAACACACACACAGACACACAAGUAGACAUAAACAUAACACACACACACACACCGUCGUCUGGACCCACAGAUUUAAGCCAUACCUCUUUCAGAGUAGAAGUGCUUCCUCCUCUCCAAAUGUCUCCACUGUGUCCUGUGGGUGAGACACAUGCUUUAAACUACACUUCCCAUCAUGCCUGCCGAAUCACAGGAAGACGGUCGUCCGAUCGGAGAGACAGAUGCAUAUUUAUCCCCAGACUUUGCAACUGCACACGGACGUUACUGGAUGGGACCUGAUCCUGUGAAUACGCCUUCGUCACUACUCCCUGUCUUCCUUCACACGUUACACACACAAACACACACUUUAUUUAAAGCUGAUUUUUCCGGGUUUUUUCUUAUACUAUUUUUGUAUUUAUGUGUGCCACGCCAGACGGAUGCGGCUUCACGUGAGCUUGUUGAAAUAUUAGUGCUCUUCCUCAGCAUGAAGCUAAACACUAUGAAUGACUUCCAGUCUGCCUCGCUCUCGUACCACUGACCUCCUUAAGAUGCCAACCGGUGUCCGUUACCUUAGGAUCGUUCCUAAACUCGCGCAAACACACAGAAUACACACAUAGCAACAUGCACUACACUGAAAACCAUUUCUACACACACACACACACACACACACACACACACAAUCGUCUAUAAGCAUUUCUAGUUCAUUUUGUCUGUCACAGCGGUGUGUGAGGGGAGCUGCAGCCAAAGGACUCUUAAAACAUUCGGCUCCCUCUCCACUCUGCACGAACUGCUGAAACAUUUCUGAAUGAUGAUGGGAAAUACAGUUAAAGUAUUAAAAUGUUUUUUUUGUAA